UACUAUGUAUACCUGGGGAGCGGGGGCCUCCUCUAUUACUAUGUAUACCUGGGGAGCGGGGGCCUCCUCUAUUACUAUGUAUACCUGGGGAGCGGGGGCCUCCUCUAUUACUAUGUAUACCUGGGGAGCGGGGGCCUCCUCUAUUACUAUGUAUACCUGGGGAGCGGGGGCCUCCUCUAUUACUAUGUAUACCUGGGGAGCGGGGGCCUCCUCUAUUACUAUGUAUACCUGGGGAGCGGGGGCCUCCUCUAUUACUAUGUAUACCUGGGGAGCGGGGGCCUCCUCUAUUACUAUGUAUACCUGGGGAGCGGGGGCCUCCUCUAUUACUAUGUAUACCUGGGGAGCGGGGGCCUCCUCUAUUACUAUGUAUACCUGGGGAGCGGGGGCCUCCUCUAUUACUAUGUAUACCUGGGGAGCGGGGGCCUCCUCUAUUACUAUGUAUACCUGGGGAGCGGGGGCCUCCUCUAUUACUAUGUAUACCUGGGGAGCGGGGGCCUCCUCUAUUACUAUGUAUACCUGGGGAGCGGGGGCCUCCUCUAUUACUAUGUAUACCUGGGGAGCGGGGGCCUCCUCUAUUACUAUGUAUACCUGGGGAGCGGGGGCCUCCUCUAUUACUAUGUAUACCUGGGGAGCGGGGGCCUCCUCUAUUACUAUGUAUACCUGGGGAGCGGGGGCCUCCUCUAUUACUAUGUAUACCUGGGGAGCGGGGGCCUCCUCUAUUACUAUGUAUACCUGGGGAGCGGGGGCCUCCUCUAUUACUAUGUAUACCUGGGGAGCGGGGGCCUCCUCUAUUACUAUGUAUACCCGGGGGAGCGGGGGCCUCCUCUAUUACUAUGUAUACCCGGGGGAGCGGGGGCCUCCUCUAUUACUAUGUAUACCCGGGGGAGCGGGGGCCUCCUCUAUUACUAUGUAUACCCGGGGGAGCGGGGGCCUCCUCUAUUAGGCCCCUUUCACACAAGCGAGUAACAUGGGUGAUAGAAGCUGAAAUGUAAUGUGUAUGCUGCAUUCAAGAAUGGGCACAGAUCCCAGUACUAUUGAAAAGAUAAUGACUAAUAAAUAUUUCCCUUCUCCUUUGUAGUCCGAUCUGU